GGCAAAAUGCCCCUACGGUGGGCGUGGAGGUAGAGGCUGCUGAUUGCAGGGAAGCCGGGGGUGGUGUAAUCUGUAGCACAGCACGUGCAUCCCACCGUUUGCAGGGCUUGCUGAUGGCACGGUCUUGAUUAGAACAGUUUUAGCCCAAAUGAUCAUUUUUCCAGAACCCCAUGUGACAUCGUCCUCUCUCUGGGGACACUUGUGACCUGACAGGAUGUUGUCAUUUCCUUGAUGUAGGGGCCUGCAGAGCAGCUGCCGCUGCAGACGAGUUGCCCGAACUAGCGUGUGACUACGUCUGCUUCACAAACACGUUCCAAGAACAUAGGGCCGGGUUCAUGAAUGACUUGGGGCCUAAAAAUCGGGCUAAAAUCAUAACAGGAAGAAUUCAGUCAGUUCUAAACUUGGUGGAGCAUUGCAAUGAAUUGGGGGAGGAAUCUGCCCUCUACCGGCUGCUGUUAAAAUUGCUGAUAUCCACUGACUGAUCUGGAGCUUGGCUGGUGACCGUCACUUUGGACAGGAAAUGUUCUCUCCAGCUAGGGACUUUUCUUCACUAGACAAUUAUGCUAUGCUAACUAACAGUGCUACCUGCGACUUCACGAUCGGCAGUAACAGAGCAGGAGCGACCUGUGGCUUCUUGAACUGCAGAGAUAUUGGUUUGCCCGCAUGCCAGCCGCAAUGGAGAAGGAGCCUCUGCUGCAGCUGCGAGUCUUCGACCUCAAUUGCUGGGCAAUCCGCUACCUGAGCAAGCUGCGACAGGAGCGCGUCCAGAUGAUUGCGGACACCCUGAGCCAAGAGGGCUACGACCUGGUGCUCCUCCAGGAGGUGUGGAGCGAGACGGACUACUGCACGCUGAAACAGAGGCUGUCUGCGUGCUACCCUUCCUCCCACUACUUCCGCAGUGGAGUGAUUGGCAGUGGGCUCUGUGUGUUCUCCAAGUACACGAUCCUGGACACCUUCCUGUACCAGUACUCCCUCAAUGGUUAUCCCUACAUGCUCCAGCACGGGGACUGGUUUUGCGGCAAAUCUGUGGGGCUCCUUGUCCUCAAGAUCCAGGAGAUUGUCUUCAACAUCUAUGUGACCCAUCUCCAUGCAGAAUACUGCCGGGAGAAGGAUGCGUACCUCCCCCAUCGAGUGGUGCAGGCCUGGGAGCUGGGGCAGUUCAUACAGCACACCUCAAAGGCAGCUGAUGUGGUGCUGCUGGGUGGGGAUUUGAACAUGCACCCCGAGGAUGUGGGGAUCCGGCUGCUGCGAGGCUGGACGGGCCUACGGGACUCCUUCACUGACGCCGAGCGGUUCGAGGGCUGUGAGGACGGCUGUACCCUGGUGCCAGACAACUACUUUACAAACAAGAAGGAGCUGCAGCCCUUCCCACUGGGGAUCCGCAUCGACUACAUCCUUUACAAGGGUCAGUCCAACUUUGCGGUGAAGUGUGACAGGCUGGUGACCACCACAGGAAAGGCUCCUGGCAAGAGCAUCCCCUACUCGGACCACGAAGCCGUCAUCGCUACACUCUACGUGAAGAGGCACGGGGAAGCCAAGGCCCUGAACAGUAACACAGUGGAGCCAGCACUGGUGGACAUCAUGAACGAAGCCCGGACCGAGGUGCGGGUGGGGCUGCAUGCCGCCCAGCGCCAGCGCUACUCCAGCGGCCGCAUGGCUAUCCUGGCCCUGCUCCUGCUCCUGCUGCAGGCCGUGAUGGGCCUGAGCUCCCUGGUGGGCUGGGCCUCACCCCAGCCCUUCCCCAAGUUCUCCUUCUCCGUCCUGGGCUCGCUGGCUGUACUGGUGCUGCUGGUCUCGGGAGUGCUGCACAUCUUCCAUGCCAUCGAAGUCAAGGUGCUCCAGGGCACUGAGGACCAGAUGAGGCUGGCUCUCCAGUCGCUGCAGGACCGGCUCAGCGCCAAGUGAGAGGCCAGGCGUGGGGGGCAUGGGUAG